AUGUGUUCUUGCGUCGAGACGGCCUUAGGAAGCAUCGUGGACGCGAAGCCCAAGUUCGACAGGUUUCUGCUCAACCCGAUCAUUUUACUCAACCUCAAGCAAGAGAAGAGCGCCACGGACAAUUUCAGCGCAGCCGUGAUCGAAAAGCUCCCCGAGGCAUUGAAGGGCGCGGCCGAGACAUUGAACGGGGGGAUCGAAACGGCGUUCAGCAUGCCAAUGCUGCUUACGGCUAAGCACUGA